GAUCUGAGUUAGCAGUUGUAUUUUGCAGGCCUUAGAACAUCAAUGGAUCUAGAGACGGAGAACCAUCUUGCUGCCUUAUUGGUGGAAGAGGCUAGGAGAUUGCGACGGGAAGCUGAAAAAGAUGGGGUGCAUGUUUAUCUCCAGAAGCCCAAUGUAAGAGGCCGCCCAAAUUCACGCUUCCUGACUGCUACUGUUCUUGGUGUUGAACAAGCUAAUCGAGCUGCUGAAAUUAGCGAAAUGUGGCGUGCAAGGGAGAAGGAACGUGAAUUGGAUGCUAAGCAACGGCAUGGAUCAAAAGACAACCGCACAGGCAUGCAUGUGAGAAAUGGCUGUUUACAUGAAAAUUCGAAGCCCUGGCUUGAAAAAAAUUCUGCUUUGGUGACUUCAUUAGAUAAAUGCCGCAAGAUAAAUUCACCAUCUGGAGGUUCUCAAACCAGACAUGAAAAUGAUCAGGGAGAUCACUCACGCCAUUGUUCACCCAGUAAACCUUAUUCUGAAGAAUCUCUUUCCAGAGGCUUUGCUGGUCUUCAUGAUGAUGACAUUGAGGAAUUCCUGCAUUCAAGGGUGAAAAGAGGAAGAGGAUCUGUUGGCUGUAGAAUGGACGAGCCUGGUCCAUAUCUUCCAUCAACAUCUGCUGAUCUUGAUGAACCUUCUGCUAGCCCUGCCAAAAGGGCUGGGGAGGAACGGAAGCGCCGUAUUCUUGUUGGUCCAGAAAAGCCUCAUUUCCUUAAAUCCAACCCUGCACAUAUAGGGGUUGGUUAUUCGAUGCGUCAGGCAACUGAUGAGUGUAAAUCAGAGAAGGAUCCUUAUGAAGAAAAGAGGAAAUCGAAGAGGGAAAAGUCUGAAAGCAAGAGAAGGAAAGAGAAGUCAAAAAAUCAAAAGAAGCACAGGAGGAGAGACUCAGGAAAGAUAAAGGCAAAGUAUGUGUAAACUUGAGUUACAAAGGAGCGAUUAAGUCUGGAUCGAAGCUGUAUCCGAUUUUUAUGAGUGUAUACUGCAAAAGCACAGUAAAAAUACAGUGAUAAAUAAUAAUUGCGUUUUUACUUUGCUUUUACUGUGUACACUAAAGAAAAUCGAACGGUUCUUUUAUCUGGACUCCACACGUAAUAAUCUCUCGUUACAAAGAUGUUACCUACUCCAAUAAGUGGCCUGAGAAGCCUCUUAACGUUAAAGAAAAUCUUUUGUUGUAUUAUAUUUAGCUCAAUUGUAUUCUAUUAUAGGAACUUUCUUUGUAAUGCCAAUGAGGUCAAUCUCCUUUGCAUAUUUUUUGAACAAUCUGCUUAGCCAAAUUCCCUAAAUUGUAUGAGAAUGCUACUACAUAUUCAACUUAGGUAUUGAAAAUAGGUUAAUUCGUGGAUGGUCA